AAUCAGAACAGACCACGAAAAGAGACGAAGGAAAGAUGGAUUGUGGCUUUGUCAAAUAAUUAGUUUAUACUUUAAAUUGGAACUGAGUAACUUUAAUUCUUUAUUAAGUAUAAAAAUAAAUAUAUGAGUAAAUAACGAUGGACUUGUUUUUAAAUAAAAAUUGGAACAAAGUCACGCCAUGCCUAGUGUUAUUAGCGUUAGAAGUUUUGCUAGAAUUUUCAGAAUGUGCGACCCAGGCGGAAGUUAACAAGCACCUAGAGCUGGGCCGCGACUUCCUGGCCCGAGGUCAGCUGUCCGACGCACUCACACACUAUCACGCCGCUGUUGAGGGCGAUCCACAUAACUACCUCACAUACUUUAAGAGAGGCACUGUAUAUUAUGCACUCGGUAAAGCCAAGUUUGCUUUACAAGAUUUUAGUAAGGUGUUAGAAAUGAAGGCCGACUUCACAGCCGCCCGACUCCACAGGGCUAAUGUGUACCUCAAGCUAGCUCAGUACAGGGAGGCCAAGGAAGAUUACCUACAAGUUACUUAUAGUGAACCUUACAAUGAGGAGGCGAUAUCCUUGUAUCACCGGAUGGAUGGUCUGUCAGAGGAGCUACAGCUAGCGGAGGCCUACUACCGCGGGCGGGACUUCGCCGCCGCCGCUGAACUCGCCUCCCGACUGCUAGAGGCUUCCCCCUGGGCCGCUAACCUCAGACAACUUAGGGCGGAAUGCUAUAUUGCACUAAAUGAUCUGUUCUCAGCGGUGUCGGAUAUCCGGUCUGUGAAUCGUUUACAGCAGGACUCCACUGAUGGCUACCACCGUCUUGCCACACUCCUGUACCAACUGGGACAUGUCAGUGACGCUCUCAAGGAAAUAAGAGAAUGUCUCAAACUAGACCCGGAGCACAAGCUGUGUUUCCCGUUGUACAAGAAAUUAAAGAAAGUGGACAAACUGUUAUUAGACUGUGAGGAGGCCAGUCAGAACAGAGAGUUUGUGAAGUGUGUGGACAAGGCUGAGGCGGUGCUGAAGGUGGAACAGGAGGUAACGCUGGUGGUGUUUGAGGCCAGGAAGUGGCUGUGCUCGUGUCAUGCUAAGGAGGAGCAGUAUUCAGAAGCUAUCCUGGAGUGUGGCCGAGCUCUGGAACUACAACGAGAUGCGGGUGUGUUAUGUUCCAGAGGAGACGCCUGGCUCGGACUGGGGGAGUUUGAUGACGCUAUCAGAUCCUACAAGGAGGCGCUGGAUAUAGACGAGGGGCUGCAGAGAGCCAAGGAUGGGAUCAGCAGGGCACAGAAACUACAGAAACAGUCGGAGCAGAGAGACUACUACAAGAUAUUAGGAGUUAAGAGAACGGCGAAUAAACAGGAGAUCACGAAAGCGUACCGCAAGGCGGCGCAAAAGUGGCACCCGGACAACUUCCAGGGAGACGAGAAGAAACUGGCGGAGAAGAAGUUCAUAGACAUCGCCGCCGCCAAAGAGGUGCUGACGGACCCCGAGAAGCGCGCCGUGUUCGACGCGGGCGGUGACCCGCUGGACCCCGAGGCGGGUCGCCAGCAACAUGGGUUCAACGCCCCCUUCGGUCACUUCCACCACGGCAGCCCCUUCCAGUUCAAGUUCCACUUCAACUGACGCCCCCCCUCGGACCCCUCUCCUCUCUCUUGUAAACUCCGUGGAAUCGGUUCGGUAACUUGGAAGUCGUCACAUUUCAAUCGUCCGGAGUCCUUUAGUAAACUUUGUCUUAAGCAUUAAGUUUUAUAUUUAAUUGUAUGAGCAUAAUACUAUACUACAUUUAACAUCAAGUCGGACCAAGCUCCCCCUCCCUCCCUCCAUAGUCAGUAGACGAGGAUGAAUGAAAAACAAAGUAUAAAUGUAAUUCGUAUAAUUUAUUAAUAAAUACGUCUGCGACUAGUCCCUACCGAAUAUAUUAUCGUUACAUGCUAACGUCCACCAGAGGAAUGUUUCUUGUCUUCUCUCUGCUCUGUCUCUGUUGUAUAUUCUCAUAUAAUCUGUUGUAUCUCUUCCCUAAUAUUAUUUAUCUGUGAAAGUAUCUUUCAGUUCCUUUUUUUUUUGUAAAUGUAAACAAUUUUUUACUUUAACGUCUCUGUAAAUAUUAAUUUAUUUUGAUAAAACUCUGAAGGUCACUUCAUCAAAAGGUUAAAGUGAAAAAUUGUAGGAGACGCCGUCCGGCGGCCGGUCGGGCGGCCGGGCGGGCGUUGGACGCUCGCUUAAUUAACUUAGGUUUGUUUUGUUUCCACACAACUUUGUAAAUAUUUAGAAAAAUAAGAAUUUACCAGA